UGGCGGGGCGGGGGCCGUCUCGGCCCCCGGAACGGGGAGGGGAGCACGGCGAACGACCCCGGCCCGGCGACUGAGCCCACUUCACCUCAGGUUACUCCUGCAAUUGUCCAGCCCAUCUUGCAGCCUUGAACCUGGCUUAGAUCACCACCUACUCCAGCUCUCUACACCCCAUAUUCUGCUGUGGCUCAGGGUAGGCUCUAAGCUCCAAGGUACCUGAGCAACAUCUCUUCGUCAAGAAAACCCCGCAGCUCCAGAGAGCCCUGCGAAUCCUGCUGUCAGCUCUGAGAAGACAGCAUGGCUAUUACUCUGCAGUCUAGUGACCUGAUAUUUGAAUUUGCGAGCAACGGGAUGGAUGAUAUACACCAGCUGGAAGACCCCUCAGUGUUCCCAGCUGUGAUUGUGGAGCAGGUACCCUACCCUGAAUUACUGCAUCUCUACUCAGGACUGGAACUGGAUGACGUUCACAAUGGCAUCAUAACGGACAGGACCUUGUGCAUGACGCAGGAUCAGAUCUUGGAGGGUAGUUUUUUGGUAGCAGAUGACAAUGAAGCAACCUCACAAACCAUGUCAGCCACUGAAGUGUUGCUCAAUGUUGAGUCUCCCAACAACAUCCUGGAUGAGAAGCAGAUCUUCAACACCUCCGAAAUGCUUCCAGACUCAGACUCUGCUCCAGCCGUCACUCUGCCCAACUACUUGUUUCCUGUCUCUGAGCCCGAUGCCCUGAACAGAGCUGGUGACGCUGGUGACCAGGAGGGGCAUUCUCUGGAGGAGAAGGUCCCCAGAGAGGAAGGUGCCAAGAAGACUGGAAAAUCAAAGAAGAGAAUCCGGAAGACAAAGGGCACCCGCAGUACCUCACCUGUCACUGACCCCAGCAUCCCCAUUCGGAAGAAAUCUAAGGAUGGCAAAGGCAGCACCAUCUAUCUGUGGGAGUUCCUCCUGGCACUUCUGCAAGACAGAAAUACCUGCCCCAAGUACAUCAAGUGGACCCAGCGAGAGAAAGGCAUCUUCAAGUUGGUGGAUUCCAAAGCUGUGUCCAAGCUAUGGGGGAAGCAGAAAAACAAACCUGACAUGAACUAUGAGACAAUGGGGCGGGCACUAAGAUAUUACUACCAAAGGGGCAUUCUUGCCAAAGUUGAAGGGCAGAGGCUGGUGUACCAGUUUAAGGAGAUGCCCAAGGACCUAGUGGUGAUCGAAGAUGAAGAUGAGAGAAGUGAAGUCAAAGAGGCAUCCCCUCAGGCCUCCACUGCCACUGCCUCCUCCAUGAGCACUGCUCGGAGAACCAGCUCCAGGGUUUCAUGCAGGCCUGCCUCCCAGAGCAACAGUAGCCCUCCCUGGGAAAAGCCGAGGGUUCAGCACGUUGGUCUACAGCCAUCUGCGAGUCUGGAAUUAGGACUGUCUCUAGAUGAGGAGAGCCCCACUACCUCCACUGUGUUUGUCUCUCCAUCUGAGGGCCAGGCCAAACUCACCAAAGCUGUGAGUGCUUCGUCAGUACCCAGCAAUAUCCACCUAGGAGUGGCCCCUGUGGGGUCAAGCUCAGCCUUGACCCUGCAGACAAUCCCGCUAACCACAGUGCUGACCAACGGGCCUUCUACCAGUACUACUGCUUCAACCCAGCUAGUUCUCCAGAGUGUUCCACCUGCUUCGACCUUCAAGGACACCUUCAAGGACACCUUCACUUUGCAGGCCUCCUUCCCCCUGAACACCAGUUUCCAAGAGAGCCAGGUGGCAGCACCGGGGACUCCGCUGAUUCUCAGUGGCCUCCCCCAACUUCUGGCUGGGCCCAACCAUCCGACUAAUCCAGCAGCACCCCCAGUCACAGGGGCUGGAGCAACAGGGCCCAGCUCUCAGCCCCCUGGGACUGUCAUUGCUGCCUUCAUCAGGACUUCCAGUGCUACAGCAGCUCCUGGGGUCAAGGAGGGGCCACUGAGGCCCUCCUCAUAUGUGCAGGGCAUGGUGACCGGGGCCCCCAUGGAGGGACUGCUGGUUCCUGAAGAGACCCUGAGGGAGCUCCUGAGGGAUCAGGCUCACCUUCAGCCACUUCCAACCCACGUGGUUUCAAGGGGUUCCCACAAUCCAAGCCAUCUGGGAAACCAGACUUUCUCUCCUCCCAGCCGCCCAACUGUUGGGCUGACCCCAGUGGCUGAACUUGAGCUCUCCUCAGGCUCAGGGUCCCUGUUUAUGGCUGAGCCUAGCGUGAGCACAUCUGGGAGCCUGCUGACUAGAUCCCCAACCUCAGCCCCCUUCUCUCCAUUUAACCCCACUUCUCUCAUUAAGAUGGAGCCCCAUGACAUAUAAACAGAGGUGUGGGGAAAGUAUGACCUGCCAGGAAAAGCUGAGCAGCAUUUUCAUAUGGACUGCCUCUAGCAGAGACUGACUUAAAUAGCUCACCUGCCCUUAAAUUUUGGUGAGAUGUUAAUACACCAUAUCCUCUUUGUCACCCACCCCUGCCUGAUAUCACUAUGGCCAAGCUAUGCCCAGUUUGAGCAUUCCUGGCGUCAGACCAUGGCCUUCAAGAGUAUUAAGGGAUAUGUUUUUAUCAGGGGUGAUGGAUUGAUGUGGUGAUGAAGGGAUAAUCUCUUGAGAAGGUGGUGGCCAUGGAGGGUGCAGGGGCUUCAUGGGAGGAGCCCUAAUUUGCCUGGUUGUAUUUCACCAUCUGUGUUCCCUCUACAGAGAACUUACUAUCCCAUACGUGAAUAUCUCGGUAUGUAUUUUGAGUGUACUCAUGGGUCUGUAUUUUUGUUUCUUUAGAACGAGGGUGCACCUAUGAGAUAUUCAAGAACAUGUGUCUCUCUGUGGGUCAGUUGCAGAGGUGAGGAUUUGUUUUAAGGAAAAGCAUUCUCUAGUUCCCUUUGUACAAACCAAAAUUCCGUUGCUCUGAGACUAUGGGGUGCAGGUUGGAUCCCCCAAAUCUAGAGAGAUGUCACAGAGCUAGAGCAGGUCCAGGGUAGCAGAGCUUUGAUUGGCGUGUGUGUUGGAACAGAUGCAGUUCUAGGGGCAGAAGGCCGAGUGGGAUAAAAGCACAAGAGAGGGAAAAGAACUCAGCGCUGGUGAGCAGCCCCCAGCCUAGACUGAGGCCCUCUUCCUGGAGUCGGCCUCAUUACCCAACACACUUGUCAGCAUGCUGGAACCUUGGCCACCCUAGAAGGCUGUGCUGAAGUGUUAGAAAGGGGCCGAGUGUCCCUCCAGAAUCAGACCCAGCCACCAAGUCUGACUUAAAUGUUUGCAUAAAGGGUUGGAGCUGUAAGACCAUUCUUUGCACCUGGCUUACACCCUGAGUCCUGGGUUCUGUCUUGAUUCAUUUCACUCCUGAUAUUUUCCUGCUGUCAGGCAUUGCUGGGGGUAGCUGUGUAGCAGUGUAGAUUGUGUCUGCUUCCAUUGCUGCUCAUGUUUGCCCGUUGCACAGCCCACCUUCUAAUCAUCUUGUAAGUUUGCCAACCCACCUGCCCCCACCAUGCCUACAGCAGACAUUCAAGUGGACCGUUGCCCCUGUUCUCCAACUUUCACACCUGACCAAUUCCUUCUUCACCAAGAAAACAGGAGCCAACAGAUAUGAGCUCCCAUGGCACCUCUCCUGCCUCUACAUGGCUCCUUGCUUUCCUUUUUCCUCUCUCUGAGGAAGGGUCAGCCAAUUGUCUCUUAAAGUCAACUCUUCAGCUUAGGACCUGGAUCUUCCCCUCUCCCUUCUUUGAAUUAGCUUGCCUCUCUCCUGCCAAAUUUGGGGGCAACGCUAAGAGCUAAGACAUAUCAACCUUGGAAAUAAUUACAUUAUCUGGUGAAUUUGGUUAAUGUGAAUCAAUGCCUUAGGACCUUGGCUGUGUCCUCAGUGCAAAACCAUCCACUUGAUCUAACUACCUCCCCAGGUUGUUCUUCUUUCUCUCCUAGUCACUGCCAAGCCUACUAUCAUCCUCUCCCACUUUUGUUUUCCCCCACAAGGGAAUCAUAUAUAGUUGUGCAGGUGUAUUGAUUAUACAUUCUAGCACUUGGCAUUAAAGUGCUUUUUUUCUAAUAAAAUCAGUUUUUUUUUGACAAUUUCCUGAUGGUGGAAAGAGACACCUUUGAAAUUUUUUUGUAUAAAGGUGCUGCAUGGGUUAUGGGUGGCCCUGACCCCUUCACCUCAACUCCAUAAAACUCAUCAUUUGAAGGUCACUUAUGUCUCCAUGGUAACAUCAAACGUCUUCAAAGUUUUUGGCUCCUGUGAACCCUCACAGCAUGGGACACUACCUCUCAUCCCCGCUAGCACUAGCCAGACUCAACUUUGCCCUCCAUAGCCCGGUUCUGUGCCCAUGCUGGCUCUGCAUCUGUGAGUAUCCCCCAAGAGUCUCAUCCAUCCUCUUGGCUUUGGCUCAGCUCUUCAGGGAUGAGUAAGAAAUCUAGAGCUGCAGCCCCCACUUUUCUCCUCAGCUCCUGGCUUGCAUGUCCAUGGUCCUGCUGGACAUUUCCACCUAGAUGCCCACAAGGCCCUUAAAAACAGCCCCUCUCCUGAAAGCUGAUUUUGAAAGUCUUUCCAUACGCACAAAACCCUGCCAAGAAAAAAACAAAACGAAAAGCUGUCAUGACUUGCCUAUUUCUAUUAAUGAUGCCCCCAUUUUCCUGACCUAAGCUGGACAUUUCAGAGUCAUCUGAUGGUUAACUUCACUUGACCCCAUCCUCUCCCCAUCUCCUGAAGUCCAGCACCACUUGCUAUAUAUUUCAAAUCUGGCCUUUCCACCACAUUUCCAGAGCCUCAAAUUACCCAGAGCUUAUCCCCCUCCCCAGACACAUCUAUAGCCCUGCUGUGACCUGUCUUGUCCCCUCCAAUCUGCCAGGGCACCAGUUCUGAUCUUCCUCUGCUAAAAAGAAUUCAGGGGAUCCUCAUUGCCUACAGGUAGGGGUGACACUCAAAAUACCUAACCUCUAAUCCAGUGGUCCCCAACCUUUUUGGCAUCAGGGACUGGUACUCCUAUGAGAAUCUAAUGCCUGAUGAUCUAAGGUGGAGCUGAGGCAGUGAUGCUACCACUGGGGAACGGCUGCAAAUACAGAUGAAACUUCAUUCACUUGCCCACCACUCACCUCCUGCUAUGCAGCCCAGUUCCUAACAGGCCAUGGACCGGUAUCAGUCCAAGGCCCAGGGGUUAGGGUCUCCACUUUAAUCCAUUCUAGGAUUAGAAACCAUUUGCUGAAUCAUGAGGCUGUCCAAGGGUCCUGGAGGAGGGCAUUUGAGAGCUCAGGGCAGUAGUUCCAAAAGUAUUUUGAGCUUAGCAUAAUCUCUGUCUUCAGACAAAGUCCCAAGUCCUUGACCUUCCAUCAAGGUACUUUGUCACUGGGUCCCAUCUGACUUACCAGCUGUCUUCUUACAUUGCUUCUCCCACCUCCUGUAUUGCUCCAGCCAAAACGAUGGGCUUGCUGGCCUUUGAACAAGCCUGUUUGAGUUUCCCUGUGUUCUUGCUUUACUUGGUUCUGCUCAACCAGAAUGUUCCUCCAACCCCUCUAAUACCAAUUUAAUCCUAUUCAUCCUUCAAGACUCAAUUCAUGAGAGCUGACUCCCCAGAGUUCUUUAUUUGAAACUCAUAGCAAUUGCUACUCUUUAGGCAACUGACCACAAAUAGCCUGUGACAUCUUCUCUAUUAUAAUCACAAACUGUUACUUAAAAUUGUCAAUGACCUGGACUUAUUUAGUCUCCCAAAUUAGCAUGUUAUCUUCUGAGGGGUGGGUGACUAUAUCACUCAAAGCAGGGCACACUACAUACCAAGCAUCUAGUGAGCAAAUGGUUACUGAUUGAACUGGUGAGCGAUGAGGACCAAACUUUGAGGUAGAUGACACCAACCCCUCCUCUGCAUAGGCACUCACCCCGGGUGUUCCACAGCCCAGGGCCUGCAGUCCUUGACUCAGUGCCCUCAUGGUUCCCCCACCCGAGUUGUUACUGUUUUGAACACUCCUGUACUCCUAAAGAAACUUCCCUGUCCAGUUUCUUCCCUAACUCAAAGUGUUAAAUGAGCUAAUUUGAUAAACUAACCUGUGCUGACAUAGUUAUGGGAGAGGGCUAGCAGAGAACCUUGGGAGACAUUCAUUUUAACCAGGGUCGUGUGGCAACAACAUCCCUGCCUUCUCAAUGGUUUAAUGGAGUUAAGAGACUCGAUACUUGCCCCCAGGAACUGAUGUAUUACUCCCUCCUCUGGGCUCCCACAGCACUUUGUAUAUACCUCUUACUGUAGCACUUAGCACAUGGUAGCUCCUUAGUUACGUGUUUAUAUGUUUCCCCUCCGAUAGACUGUGAGCUCCUCAAGGACAGGGACUGUGUGUUAGUCACUGAUGUAUCCCCAGCACCUAGCACAGCACCUAGCACACAGUAGGUGCUCAAUAAAUGUUUAUUGAAAGAA